AUGUUUGCUGGCAUAAAAAAAUCUAAAGAGGGCCCAGAAGUUGACUCUCAUGCUGAACCAGGAGCCACCAUAAACAUCAGAAAUAAUAAUAAAGUCAAAGGUUGCCAAGUGUGUACAGGAUCAAUUAUUAAAAAAUGCAGUAUUCAAUCUCUGAACUCAUUCAGUGGAAGUACUGUGUCAGUGGAGCUUGAAUGCUCCACACCUCAAGAUGUAUUCAGUAUAGAAAUUGUACGGCGUAUAACUUGCACCACGGAGUCAUGCAGUGGCCACAUCAUCCAGACUGACUUCAGCUCGACUGAUGUGCUGCGUUUUAACCGCACGUUUACCUGGAAUCUAGCAGCCGCAGCGCCAAAAGCUUUCCAAAUAGAUUUCACUAACACGGGUCUUAAACAGAUCAAUCCAUCUGAGAAAUGUCCAGACAGACACACCUACACCCUCCAGGCCUUCCAGUCUACAGGCAAUGUGGCUGUGGGGAAGUACUGCAGAAGUGGCACCAUCAGCAGUGCUCAGGUUUUGAAAAGCGGCAGCUUUUCUGUGGACGUCCCAGCAGAGCAGAAGCUGCAAAAUGACAAGUUUGAUGUGACUGUGCGGGAAAAAAUCAAGUCUCUUGCCCGAAUUUCUCUGACUUUACCAAAAGGGACCUCUUCCUCAGAGCUGCUCUCGCCAGACUACCCAGAGAGCUUUCCUGAUGACGACACCAUGGAGUGGUACUUUCAGGUCCCAGACAAACACGGGGUUGAUGUUCAGUUUCUAAACCUCACACAGCCAGAUUGUGUGAAGAAGGAAGUAGCAGUGGAGUACCACCAGAAAGGCAGGGUGACAUCGGUUCUGGGGCUAAAUGACACACAGCCGCUCCAGAACCAGGGAGACUUUUUGCUCACGCUGAGGAACUGCGAGAUGGAGAGAGCACCUGCUGAUUCUCCUGGACUCACCUUCACCCUCAAGGUGUCUGCUUACCCACCCCGUUCAAAAGCACCUUUAACCAUCAUCCUGGGUGUAGUGGCUACUCUGCUGGUCAUUUCUGUCAUAGUGCUAGUUGUAAUGAUUAGGUGGUAUUUCUAUUAUUUAGAGAAGAAGAAGGAGAAGAAGAAGAAGAAGAAAGGCAAUUAUGAAGUUGCUGUCUAUAAUCCUAAUGGCAUCAACUUCUUACCAGGAUACGAAUCCCAGACGUGCUGGGGGACUUGUAAAGAUGAUGAGUCCCAUGUGUACGAAGAGAUUGAUGCACUCUCGUCUACACACACCUGCUGA